GGGCUGCUGGAGGUGCUGUCGGAGGUGGAGUGCCAUCUGCGAGUGUCUCUCUUUGAUGUCACCUACCGACACUUCUUCGGGAGGACGUGGAAGAGCUCCGUGCAGCCGACCAAGCAGCUCUCGAGGCAGCCGUCCCGGGUCGUCUUCAAUGAGCCCCUGUAUUUUCAUACCUCCUUGAACCACCCGAACAUCGUGGCUGUGGUAGAAGUGGUCGCCGAAGGCAAGAAACGGGACGGGGCCGUGCAGUCCCUGUCGUGUGGGUUUGGACUCCUUCGGAUCUUCACCAACAAGCCAGACUCCCCCAGCGCCGCCUCCCAGGACAAACGGUUGAAGCUUUACCACGGCAGCCCCCGAGCCCUCCUGCACCCGCUUCUCCAGGACCCCGUGGAACACAACAAGCACAUGACCCUGAUGGAGAGCUGCGGCCUGCAGUACAGCCUGAAGCCGCACCCGCCGCUGGAGCCGGCGCUCCACCUCCUGCCCGAGAACCUCCUGGUGUCUGGGCUGCAGCGCGUCCCCGGCCUCCUCCCCGCGCACGGGGACACGGGCGAUGCCCUGCGGAAGCCCCGCCUACAGAAGUGUGUCACGUGGUUCCUGGACGACGUGUUCUUCACCUUGUACCCCUCCCUUGAGAAGUUUGAGGAAGAGCUUCUGGACCUCCUGGUCAGCGACCACUUCCGAGAGGGCGGCGGCACCCUGGAGGUCCGGGAGCGGCGUCUGCACGUGGGGGUGCACAACGGCCUGGGCUUUGUGCAGAGGCCUCAGGUGGUGGUGCUGGUGCCCGCGAUGGACGUGGCCUUGACACGCUCCGCCAGCUUCAGCAGGAAGCUCAGCUCCUCCUCCAAGAGCAGCUCUGGAAGCCAAGCUCUGGUUCUGAGGAGCCGCCUCCGCCUGCCCGAGAUGGUCCAUCAGCCGGCGUUCGUGGUCAUCUUCCAGCUGGAGUACGUGUUUCACAGUCCCACAGGAGCAGACGGCGUGGCGGCUUCAGUGACCUCCUUGUCCAGCCUGGCCUGCAUGCACAUGGUCCGCUGGGCUGUCUGGAGCCCCCCGCAGGAGGCCGGGGCCGGGCGGGUGACCCUGCCUCUGCACGGCGGCAUCCGACCCAACCCCUCCCACUGUCUGGUCUAUAAGGUCCCCUCGGCCAGCAUGAGCUCUGAAGAGGUGAAGCAGGUGGAGUCGGGAACCAUCCAGUUCCAGUUCUCACUGAGCUCUGAAGAACUCCUGGACGCGCCCACGCAGUGCGCCAGCGGCCCCAAGGCAGAGCGCCCGUCCGCCAGGAGGCCGCCCACGGCCCCUUCAAGUGAGUAUCCGCAGGGAGCCGACUUUGCAAGCCUGCAGCGUGGCUGCCAUCUGUUCUCGAGGAGAGAUACUUAGUCCAGCAUAGUAACCGUCACGAUUAUGAGUAGCUGCCACAGACUGCUUUUUUUGGAAUCAGUUGGGAUUAACAGGUGUACCAUUGGCUGGUGGCGUGGCGUGGCGUGGCCCAGCAGGUCAGCCCUUGUGCUGCAGCCGUGAGUCGGCCCAGUGCCUGACCCAGCCACGGUUCCCUGACCCAGCACCCGCGGGUGGCUCUGUGGGCGGCACCUGGGGGGUACGACCUCCCGUGGAUGUCCUGCACGCCUGGGGCCCGAGAGCUGAGAGACUGGCCGAGAGUGGGGCUGCAGGGUGCUCUGUGUGUUGCCGUAGGCACCUCCCACUCCCCUUGGAGCGCUGGGGUCGGGAAUGUGUGUCUCGCUGGCUGCCAGCAGGAGUGGCAGAUGGGCCUGCACGUGUGUGGUUACGGAGCUGUAGCACGGGUGGGUCUCGCGCCUUCUGCUGCCGCCGGCACCCUGUGUCCAGGGCCUCUUAGCUGGGGACCCGUGGCCUGAUGGGGGAUCCCGUCAACAGGGAAGAGGGGGUGGAAGAGGGAGCGUUUGGGAAGUCCACCUGAGUGAGUGCCAGGCCUUGGCUCUGGGGAUCUCGCCAGCCGAGAGUAAGUUCUGGAACCUGGUCCGUGACCCCCUCCUCUCUGCUGGUUCCUGGGGGGACCCCCACCCUCCUCUUGCCGGUGAGUUGGGUGUCCAGGAGGACCUGCUGCCUCUUCCCGGCUGCGGCGCCCGAGACCCGGUGGGAAGGUGCCGGAGCUGCUGUCUCAGAGCGAUGUCCUUUGGGAGCCGAGGGCCCAGUGUAUGGAGACUGACUGGCCUUGAGUGCAUUUGACCAGCAGGGCACUGGUGUCGUUGGUCCAGAACUUGAUCUGCUGACCUCCGUUUUCACGGUCUUGCAGAAUUCUCUGCGAUGCCCCCAAAGAUUCGGCCACCAAAAGUUAGCACAGGUUGAGCACCUGUGACCCGAGGUGCUCCGGAAUCAGCUCGCACAGUGUCGGGUGCUGGAGGGCUCGGGUUUCAGACGGGGGCGCUGACGUAGCGGCGGCCCCCGCCCGGGGCAGAGCACCUCUGUCCGCCGUCGCUCCUCCCACGGCCUCUCCCUCUGCCUUUCAGGCUCCCAGCUCUGUGCCUGCCAGGUGGGUCUCAGGGUUUCGUUCCCCACGUGUGCAUUCGUAAUCUGAGAUGAGUGGUGCCCCAACGUGCAGCGCCCUGUACACGGGGUGGUGCUGGAGGGUGUGUACCACAGCGCCCCUGUACACGGGGGUGCAGGAGGGUGUGUACCACAGCGCCCUGU